CGACACUGACGACAAUCGAGAUCGUCGAAAACAGUCCUGGAAGGGCAGUCGUCGACAAGGACAGAUUAAUCAGCCUCGAGUGUUCUGUCUCACCAGAACAGCACCGUUGUCUCAAAAUAUGCCGAAGCGAUUGCGAUGGUUCUUUAGGCAGAUGUCAACAAUGUGUCAAUACUACGCACCCCAGCGCGGGGUCGGAAUAGACACCCGGUGUUGGUACCUGGGAUGGGCCAGAUGGUCGUCGUCGCCUUUGUCGCCUUCGACUCCGUCGUCGCGUGUUAGACAGCCAGCGGUGUCCACCGGCAAAGAACGAAAUGGCCCAAGAAAUGAUGGAAAUCACAUCAUCUAGCACGCCAUCGCUGGUGGCUGAAGUUCCACUGGGCGGAGCGAUGGAGCAUGAGCCCGAGCAGCCAGUCACUGAAAGUUGCAGACUCUAGACUCCGGACGGCACCGGAGCUAGUCAGAGCUUAUAUUGAAUUUCUGCCAACCACAAAAUAAUGGUGAGAUUUAGCCCAGAAAAUAACCUCUUAGAUGCUCGGAAAGGCGGCGGAUUUGUACUUUAGUUAUACUUUAGGCACCUCUCCACUGCUCCCAUCCUGGCGGUGCUGGUUCUUCCUGCUUCCCCG